AUGAAGCUCACGCGCGCUAUAUCCUUGACCAAUUUCUUCGUGGCCAGUUCUGCCUUGGGAUUCCAGGUCUUCGUUUUAUAUCCAUGGCACAAAGAGUUGGACGCAGAAUUCGAGAAGCUAAAGACAGAGCACUUGAAAGUUCUGAAUAGAGCGGGAGACAGUCUGAGCGAGCAGCAACAAAAGGCCAUGGCCGAAGAAUUGAAUGAGCUGAAGAACAAAAGUUCGAGAAGUAGUUUCCCAUUCGUCAAUCGUGCACCUAAUCCCUCAGAAGCGAUCAGCGCUGCUAAAGACAAAUUCUUGCCCACCAAGGACAAGCUUAUGGCCACUGCAACAAGUGAAAAUUUAACAAGCGUAUCUCUCUACGCAAGAUACGCUCUCGCGGGCGCGUUUUGUUGCUCUUUCACUCAUGCCGUCCUUACUCCCGUUGAUGUGGUUAAAACAAGGAUUCAACUUGAUCCAAUCACAUACAGCAGCAGUCUCUCCAAGAGCGCACGAUAUAUAGUUUCAGCUGAAGGACCAGGAGCUCUCCUGACGGGACUUGGUCCGACAAUCGCCGGCUACUGCCUCCAGGGUGCUUUCAAGUUUGGCGGUUAUGAGUAUUUUAAGGCUCGUGCAGUGGACUAUCUUGGACAGUCGACUGCCUCUAACCACCGCAAUGCUGUAUAUCUUGGCUCAGCCGCUGCGGCCGAGUUUCUCGGCGAUAUCGCGCUUUGUCCGUUCGAGUCUGUUCGAAUACGACUCGUGUCUCAGCCUAGCUAUGCCACCGACAGCGUAAGCGCCCUUGCAAAGCUAGCAAGAGAAGAGGGUAUCGGCGGCCUCUACUCUGGCCUGAGCCCUAUCCUGCUCAAACAGAUUCCCUAUACCAUGGCGACGUUUUUAGUCUACGAGAAAGCUAUCCAGACGGCAUACAGUGUUAUAGACAAGAGAGAACUACCUUCGAUAGGAGUUACUGGUAUCAACCUUGGGGCUGGACUUAUCGCUGGCUUGGCAGCCGCAGUUGUCUCUCAACCGGCCGACACCAUGUUGAGUAAAAUCAACAAGGAAAAGGCAGGCAGUGGUGAAGGCACAACACGCCGCUUAUUCCGCAUCGCUUCCGAGCUUGGACUACGCGGUGCUUACACAGGCAUGCAGGCACGCGCAGUUAUGGUUAGUGGCAUGACGGCAGUGCAGUUUGGCAUUUACGGAGACAUAAAGAAGCUCUUUGGGGCUACUGAUGGGGUGGAGUUGAGCCAGAGCCAUGUUGUUGAAGAAGAUUCUGAACGUGAGUACGCCUAG